CCAAACGCACACAACUGCUACUUGCGGCGAAUUCACUUCGACUGAGUGCGUGGUCGAAUAGUGAUGACACUAUAGCAGUAUCAAUCGAUAAACAUGAAGGAAUUUAGUUGCGGUAGAUGACUUGAUAACGGGUCGCAAUUGCAUUGCAACGUACUACGAUACGAAUACAAUGACAACGAUAUUUUAUUUUCCCCGAACGUUAUCGAUUGUUAUUCAAUCCACCCGGCUCGGUUUAAGCGCCACAGAUGUUGUCAUUGCUUUGGCGACGCCGUUGUGUGCUGCCUCCUUCAGAAACGUUAAUUAGGUUUGAAGAAUGAAAGCAAACCGCUCUGUUUAUACAUUGUAUAUAUAAGAUAUAUAUAAUUUGCAGUUUUGAGAUAUAUUAUUAAUGGCACAUUAGUAGUGUUUAUUCGGUGAGAGUGAUUAACCGUGUAAUAAAUAGCCCCAAACACCCGCAGAGGAGUCGGAUCCGGAUCGAGCGAACAGUGCCUGCUGCAGAAUGGAUGAGAGCGAGGACGACGUGGUGGAGGUGGGCUACGAUAACACGAUGGAGAAGAAGGUUAGGGCCAAGCUGCUGGAGAUCCGUAAGUUUGUGCCCUUUAUUCAGCGUGUGCGAAUGGAGUUCCAGAAGACUUUGUCCAAAGUUCAGAGCCAGCGUCUGUACGCACUGAUUGGUCUGCUGGAGCGCGAAAAUGUAUCGAUGAACUCUCUUAACAAGAUCGAGGGGAUCAUCGAAAAGCUAAAGACGCGAUUUAAACCGAGCAUCGAACUGGACACAGGCGAGAUCAUUGAUAUCACUGACAACACUGAGUAUGAUUCCAGCGCGUCGACUUCAUCCGGGUCAAUUACACAGCCACCAGCCCAAGGAGCGAAGUCCUUAGAUAAGGGCGGCCUCUUGAACGGCUCACCUCGUCCCUCAGCGGCUUUCACAAAGCUAAAGGACUUGCAACCGGCUAGGAGCUUAAAUGGCUCACCUAACCCCGCAUCUGCUGCUGCCAAGGCCAAGCCAGCGAUACCAAAGCAACAGGAACUGGAUCGCGGGACAAAAGCAUCUUGCUCCAUAUACACAAUAGAGACUUCUCCCAUGUCUGCCACUUCAAAGGCUUCCUGGUCUUUGAACACUCCAAAGACUCUCAACGCCAAGCCAUCAGACACGGUGCAGCGUACCUCCCUUCAAGCUGUAGUUCCGGAUACCAAGGCAAUAUCCAUUCCAGAACCAACAUCAUCCGCGGCGUUUAAGAAACUUCAACAGCAUUCCUCCCCUCCUGGCAGUCGCGGGGUUCUGGCUGCCAUGCAGAAGGCUUUGAUGGAAGAGAAGAAGCAGCGGGCUAGCGCGCAAAAAGCUGUCAAUGAUGCUAACGCUGCAACACAGCCAGAGGUGAACUUCUCGCGGCGAUCUUAUACAACAUCGCCACAGUUCACCCGCCGAUCCCCAGCAAAGCCGGCGAAAGCGGAUAGCCCGGAUUGUGGGCGCCGGAGCACAUCGCUUGUGCACCCUGCUCCUCUGCGGGAGGUCCCCCCAAUUCAAUCCAAAGAAGACGUACCCACAUCGUUGUCGGUACAGGAUUUACGAGUUUCGGCCAGUGCCAGCACACCAAGAUCCGCAAAUAUGCUCGAGGAAGCCCGCAAGAAGCUAGCAGCCUUGGGAGAUGGAUUAGGAACCGGCCUAAGUAUGCCUCCACUGGCCUCUAACAUAAACGAUCCACGCGGCAGAAAAGCCGCAAACCUGCCCAAAACGAACAUCAAUAAUGACAGCGACAUAAGCUUCGCAGUGCUGGCCCCACCGCCUAUGCGGACACCCUCGCCUGUUCCGCCGCCACCGAGCAUGAAGUCCAGUACGUGGGCACCAUAUUCAAAUGCUCCUCUGGAGAACGGCUUUAUAGUCCAGCGUGCUUCGCAGCGCAACUCAGAAUCUCCGGGAGAUUCUCGAGCCUUUUUGGAUGCUUUGGCGCAGGACCCUGGCCUUGAACACAGGUCAUUCUAUGGCAUUGAUUCCCGCGAACCACGUGACCCUCGCAUCUGGAAUCGCAAUCCCUCCCAGCAGCAACAGCAACUGACGCCGCCGACACAUGUUCCGUCUUAUUCCAGUGACCCACGUCGUGCUACAAGCAUCUACAGCGGUUACGAAGAGUCAGCCAAUAGAGGACAAUCUAAUAGCAAUAAUAAUAGUAAUCUGAAUGUUAACGCCAAUGGAAAUUCAGGCAAGUCCAACUGGAGUGGCAAUCAAAAUGGAAACGGUCCAAACCCGAGGCCCUUUCCAAACAAUCAAAAUGGGAAUGAAUAUGCUGGUGGGUUUAAUGGGUCGCACAGUUUCAGAGGCAGAUACCGUGGAGGUCACAACAACCGGGGCUUUGGCAACCCGGGUUCCCGCUUUGAGCGACCCAAAGAAGUGGCUCGUACAUAUGGGGAGCACCGCAAAGCUAAGGCCCGCGCUGAGGCGGAGGCCAAGGCUAAGGCUGCGACGGAGCUACGUCAAUUGGAAGCAGAAGUUAUGCGGCAAAUGGAAGCCGAAGGAAAACGAAGACAGCUUGCCGCCGAAAAGAAGCAGAAGCCGGACGAGACCGAGGCGGAGAAGUCGACGACGCCGGUGACGAAUUUACCGGAAUUGGACACCUCCUACCGCAACGUUACUCUCGGUCCGUUAAGCAAGAAGCUAGACUUUCGAAUACCGAAGAAAACCCUCCCAGCGGCAGCGACAAUAACCUCAACAAGCCCAGUCAAUGGAAGUGGGGACAAUCUCGGUUGCUCCUCAAAUUCCCCCGCAAGCAAAAGCUGUGAUGCCAAACAGGACAAAGAUACUAAUAAGAAUAAGGCUAAGCAUUUAGAUAAGAAGGAUAAGGAUAAAGAAAAGGUAGAUAAGGGCAAAGAAAAGUCAGAGAACACUCUGGAUAAGUCUGAGAAGCAUCACAAAUCGCAGGAUAAGAAGGCCAACAACAAGGAGCAGAACAAGUCCGACAAAAAGGAGAAGAAGAGACUGAAUAGGGAGCAUGAAAAGAAAACGAUGGUUGAGAAACCCCGCGAGUUUGUGGAAUCGAAUAGCGUGGACAGUGAGGAAAGCUCGGAAAAUACAGACAAUGUGGAAAAUGAACCGCCCCUUAGCGAGACUAACUCGUCUCCAGAUCCAGAGCUAGCUCCAAGCACUCCGGACAGCCAACAGGCUCAGGAGGAGUUGGACAUCCUUGCCAAGAUUCGUAAAGCGUCUGGAACUGGAACAAAGACUUCCAUUUCGCCUUCUGCCAAAGCUGCUCCAAAGCGAUGGUUAGAUGAUGAGGAAGAGGACACGUUGCGAAACCCGACUAAAAAGCACUGCGAAACGUGGGAGGCAAAGCCUGCCAAUGGGAAAUCGGAAGAUGAUAUCGAAAAAAGGAAAGCCACCAAGAAAGUAACUAAAGAGGGCGACGUGAAGAAACAGGGUACUGAGGAGUAUGAGGGUACUGAGGAGCCUCCAAAGAUCUCCAAGAUAAAAAUUGUCCUUGGUCCCAAUGCCCAUACACUGGUGGUGCAUCCUGAUGAUGGCAUAAAGAAAAGAAAACUAGAGAUCUUCGACAACAAGACAUUUGAUGAUGACCACGAUGAUGAGGAAGUUCCCGGGCUCCCACCUCAAUUCCUGCAACGUAUUAUGCUGCGGCGCAACUCCUUGGCUCCUACAUAUAGUAAGCCGCUGGUGGACAAGGAUAAGAUUUCCUCCAGUUUUACGUACGAGGACUUACCGGACCAGAAACGCGGCUCUCAGAGCUCCCGAAACCUGGCCAAUAUGUUUGAGAAAACUAGUGACAACUGCAGCGUAUCCACGCAUAAUAUUAUUACCGGCAAACGUCGCACUCGUGGAUGUGAGGCCUCCUUUAACGAGACCCAAUUGAGUCGAAGCAUCUUUGGCUUGGGCCAGAUAAACAGGUCGCGGGCAAAAGCCAGCGGGGGCAAAGCUACCAGGGCAAAAACUCCUGCCCCUGCAAAAGAUUCUAUGCGUGCUAACGUCAAUUCCGUAGCUCCUAUUCCUCCUCCUAAUCGCAAGCGGAAAAGGCAAGCCAUUCACAAGGAAUCACCGGAUGCGCAGGUGGAGCCUAAAAAGGCUCGCUUGGAGGCCGAGGAGAUAAAGAAGGUCAGUGACACACCUGAUGAGCGGCCGGCAGAGAACAACGUGGAAGUCACCCAAAUGAAAGAGGAUGAAAAGCCCUCAGAGCCACUGGCCGUUUCCGAAACUGUACCGACACCUAAGCCUCUCACGAAGCCGCGAAAGAAGCGCAACGAGCUGGACAAGCUUAACGAUGACAUUGCGCAGAUGUACUACGGGGAGGAAGUGCUAAGGGCCACCGGACGCAGGGCUUGUACCCGGCGUUCGCGCACUCCCUCGCAGGUACGAUCCAGCAGCCAGCAUUCCCGGACAUCAUCUGUAUCGCGAGCCGAUAGCAUCUCCACCGUAUCGGAUGUCAGUUCCGUAUUCAUCAGAAACACGGCGCGAAGGGGCAAAUCCUUCAGAUCAUCCGAAAGCGGCAUCAAUCGUGCCACGUUUAAGGCAACCAUCGAUGCAAAAAAAACAAAGUUAUGCCGUGUGAGGAUCCAGCGAUGUGCUGCAUUGAUGGAGAUGCUUAGGAACCAGGAAAUGGAGGAGCAGAAGAGGAAGAAGGAAGAGCGGGAGCAAGCAAAGAAGUUAGGCAAAAAAGCGAAAAGUAAGAAAAGUAAGAAAAGUGAUAUUCCCAACAUAAAUCCCGAAUGGCACUCCGAUUCGAUGGCGACCAUCAAGUGUGUCGUCUGCUCGAAGUGGGUUCGCAGGAGCCCCCACUGUCAUUACAUGAUGUGCCAUAAGGAGCACUAUGCCGCCCGAUUGCCACCCGAUGUGCUCGAAGACCUGCGGGCUGGUCGCGGAAAUCGGCCGGACUACUGGAUUUCACAACGCGGCGUCUACACAUUGCACUUCACUUGCCCGUUCUGCCAGAAGCCACUGCUCCUCUGCCAUAAAGGCCUGGUCGAUCACUUGUCCGCCCACAUGGGCGAGUCGCGUCACCACUGCUCCAAGUGCAAUAUGCCACAGAACCGCCUCAGUAGGCUGCUGACCCACACCGCGUCCUGUGGGCCGGGUGCGAAGCCUCUGCAUAGGAACAACGGCUGCCUGCCGAUGAGUGUUCACGUAUGCCACAUUUGCCAGUUUUUGCAGUACAACAAGGAAAAUAUGGACCGGCACCUUAUGGUUCAGCAUGGUCUAACGGAGGAGGAACUGCAGAGUAUCGAGCGUGAGAAGUUGGUGCUCUGCAACACAACGGACGUCCCAUCUGCGGAAUCGAAAAUGGGCGGCAGCGCCUCUGUGCAAGGAAUUCAGGACAACAGAGUGGAGCCAUGCGCAAGUGCAGCACCUUCGAGAGCCCAACGCGCAUCCAAGCCAAUUAAAAAGAGCAAACAGAAAAAGAAGGUCAACAUGCGCUUCAAAAAAAUGGUCAAAAAGUCCGUACGUCUUGUGAAGCGCGAAAGAGAAGAGCAGGAUGAACAGGAAGCAGAAGUGCCAGUGCAGGAGGACGAAGGGUCGGUGAUCAAAAUGGAGGAUGAUGUGAGAGUGCCAGCUCUACCGCCACCUCCGCCAGAAAGGGAACCUGUGUUGGUGGUCAAUGAGUGCCUAAUGAACUCUGAAAUGGACCCGAACUCGGAAGAAGUCUUGGAACAGUCCGUUCAAAAUAGGAGCAUAAUGGUGGACGAAAAGCCAGUGGGGCUGCUCACUGGGUGCACAGAACUGGCGGAGCCUACUGUAUCAGAUCCCGAGCCUGCCGUUCCGUCUGCACAAGAAGAAGAUGGCGAUGUUGAUGUGGAGACAGUUGAGGCUUCUACUCAGCCGCACACUGCGCAGACGACGAUUUCUGUGGUUGAGGAAGUCAGUCUAGCCGAGUUGGAUGGGGAUAUCCUUGAUGGGAUUGGCAGUGACGGAUCCGACGAUGAGGUGGAGGAUGAUUUAGAGCAAGAGGAUACAAAUAACGAAAACAUCGACGGGGCUAGUAAUGACACUUAUGCGGAAGAUGAUGCGCUUACCGACGAGUGGGUGGAUCUAGAAACGGCCAAACGCAAUUCCAAGGCCACCAAGAGCAUUUUCCGCGUAUUCAAUCGCUUCCGCUUGCGCCUUAACAAAGGACCCAAAUCCAGCAAAGCUGUGCCCUCGAAUGCGAGUCAAUGCAGCGAUGGCAGCGACGACGACGUCCCUGAUCCCAGCGAGCUUAUGCCAACAAUGCAACCAUUGGAGCCGGAACCGGGGGAUUCUGCAUCUACGACAUCUACAGGUGCUAAGUCGUUAUCCAAACGGGUGGAGAAUGUGGCCUUUCGAAAGUCCUCUUCAGAUGAGGAUAAAAAUCGACAGGCAUCCUAUUACUGCGUGCAGCCGGGCUGCACUUUCCUCUUUUCAGAUGAGCUGGAAGGCCUCGAGAAUCAUUUUGCCUUAGAGCACCCUCUUGUUCGAUGGAGCGGCAAAUGUAGCAUCUGCCAUCAGACACUCACGGCAACGGGAACGAAUCUCAAAAUCUCCGAAGAGUUGCGUCACAUGAGGGACGUGCACAUGAGGGACACACCGCCUCCUCAGCCAUCUGCGGCGGAAGUGCCAGCAGUUAUUGAUAUACAGUCUGAAUCUCAACCAGAAUCAGAACCUGAUCCCGUCCCUGUGCUUCCCAAGCUGCGCGUUCGACGCUUCACUGGCGACCGCCUUGUUGUGGAUCCACAAGCGGAGAAGAGUCAAACGGCAGAAAUGGUGUCAGUGGAUGAUGAUAAUCAGCGAAAUGGAAUGCUGAGGGACUUGCUGGCGGCGGACCCACGGCCACCCAAUCAACAGUUGGACUUCAACGCGGCCGGAUUGGGCGAGUUCCUUUGCGCCAAGCCCGAUACACCGUCAACGGAAACGGCCGAGCAGCAGCCCAUAAUAGUUGGCUAUCCAAGUGGCUUGGGCUUGAAAAUCAGCCAGGUUUUCAGCAGAACUCAGAUUUCGGCGGACGCUGUACUAUCACCAGUUGUCAACGAUCCUCUGCCUGAGGAGUCGUCUGCUCCUGCCGCAGUUGAAGAUAAUCGUAACCGAUUUAGGUGCAUGGCCAACAACUGCAACUUCACCGCUCACAAGGUCAUGUUCGUGCGGGAGCACAUGAAGUUUCACAGCUUCAGUUUCAGCAGCACCGGUCACCUCAGCUGCGCGUACUGCUCCCAUGUGGCAGUCGAUGUGGAAGAUUACUUGCGCCACGGAGUGAUAAUUCACGACCUAGCACCGCGCUCCGAUCUGGAGAGUUCCACUGGACCACCAUCUGUUAGCCAGAAAAUCCGGGAUAUGCUCAACCGGCGAGAUAGUGCGUCCAGCGGACGUGUUUCAAGUACCAGCACUGCCACCACCAGCACUGCCCAAUUGGCCGUAAACAGCAAUGGGUCAGCGGCGGGGACCACUACUCCUGCCUCCUUGUCUGAUGUGAUUUUGGGUCUGUUCAAGCCCACAGGAUAUACUGAUGAUAAACUGUACGCCUGUCCCCAAAGAGGCUGCAUCGUGAGGCUGACAGAUCAACAGUUUGUGAACCAUCUGCGCUACCACAUCCGCAGCACCCAUCAGGGAAGCGAGCUGGUGAGAUGCAAGUUCUGCCCACAGACGAUGCAUCCGCCGGCACUCCGUACGCAUCUGCAAGAGUACCACGCCCGGCACAGCAUCUUCUGCGGCAUUUGUUUGGCUACGUCGGUCAACAAGCGCAUAAUGGUGUAUCACAUGCGCACGGUGCACCACAAGGCCUACGGCCGGGCUAACCGGCUGUUGCAUUUCGUCCCGCUACCCGUGAAGCCCGACGCUGGCGAGUGCUUCGUGGCCGUCGUAGAACAGCCCUUUGGCAAACUCCAGAUGCAGAAUUUCCAGCGCAAGCUGUUCGAGGAAAUGGACCGCCGUUGUUCGGGCACCAAGACGGACUUCCGCAGCACCGAGGUGCAUCUCCUGCCACCACAGUCAAUAUACCAGCAACCAAUGCGCUGUGCGGAGUGCCCCUUCUCCAGCACGUUUAGGACUAACAUGCAGGUGCACCUCCACGAGCACAAGGAGAAAACCAUGCUGGAGGCCUAUAAAACGGAGAACUUGAUAGCAGCUCCAGGAACACCCACCUCGGUACUAAUUGCUCCGGCAGAAGCAGUGGUGGCAACACAGAGGCCAGUCAUAGAUUUUGAUGAACCAUCUGAAACAGCGCCGCCUCAACCAGAACCAGUAGUUCCUGGGAUCCACAAGCAUGUCAAGCCGCCGUUAAGCUAUGUGCCCUCAGAUGUACGCUACCGCUGUGGUUUCCUCCGAUGUGGUCUGCUGUGUUCCUCGGAAUCGACGAUGCGCCAACACAUGAUGGCUAACCACAAAUACUCGCAGGUGGUAAGCUGUCCGCACUGCAAGAACUCCCAGGGUCAGGUUAACGUAGAUAAGUACGUGGACCAUCUUUCAAUGCAUAAGCGGUACAUCUUUCAAUGCGGGACUUGCUCACGUCAUAAUAGCAGGCGUGUCAUCGAGCGGCACAUCCAGGAACGCCACAGUAACAAAAAUGUGGACUUGGUCGUUCACCGCCACAGUGACACCAACAAGACGACCGACGCCCGCUGGCUGAAGGCGCCUAAACUGGCGCGCCAAGCGUUAAUGGAGUACACGUGUAACCUGUGCCUCCAGUACUUUCCUACGACCGUGCAGAUCAUGGCUCAUGCCGCGUCCGUUCACGAACGGAACUACCAGUACCACUGCCCGUACUGUGCCUUUGGUGGAAACUGCGCCACCGUGCUCAUUGAACACAUUCUUCGUGAGCAUCCGGAAAGGGACGUGCAGCCUGUGCAAAUCUAUCAGCGCAUCGUGUGUAAGAAUAAGCAGACAUUGGGCUUCUACUGCACCAUAUGUCACGAGACGGCCAGCAGCUACCAGAAGAUCGCUGCACACUGCGAUGAGAAGCACAAGUCGCGCAACCAGGUGCAAUGCCCCCACUGCGACUUCGGACAUACGUUGGAGCGCCAGGUGGCCUUACACAUACAUGAGAAGCAUCCUGAUAAAAUCGGACUGGCAUUUGUCCAGUUCAAACGCGUUCUUAACGAAAUCCCGGACAACAUCAGUUGGGAGAUGGGUCGCCCCAUCGAAAUUGAGCCUGAGAAGGAGAAGGAGCAGAACAAUGAGCAGAGACGGGAUUCGGGAGGAAGGCAAUUGCAGGAGCCACUGGUUGUAACGGAAGUGGUGGACCUGCUGGAUUCAGACGACGAGACGGACGAGCCCGGCGAAAAUGAAGAACCGAAAAUCAUGGAGUUCGCCUGCACGCACUGCGGCGAGACAAACACCAAUUUGCCGGAGCUACGCACCCAGCACUGGACCCGCCAUCAUCCGGACCAGCCCUUCUAUUUCCGCGUGCAGCCACUGCUCCUCUGCUGCGAGUGCAAGAGCUUUAAAGGUAACGCAAAGGCACUGCGCGAGCAUCUACUUAGGGGGCAUUCCAUCCGGAACAUAGUGGCUGCGGACAUUCGGCGACCGUCGGAGUGCGCUUACUGUGACUACUGCUACACCAACUGGCAGGACCUUGCGCAGCACAUCAGCCAAAAGGGUCACCUGCCCAAUGACCUGAAGCACGUAACAAAUGCUGAAAUAAAUGCCCUGAUGCUGCUCAGUGCCAGUGGAGUCGUAAACGAAUACUACCAGUGCGGAUUGUGCAGUGUUGUGAUGCCCACGAAGGCGACUAUUGGACAGCAUGGUCAAGUAGAGCACAACAAGCCCGGCGAGCGUUUCUGCUUCCGGCAGCUAUUGUCGCCAGUGAUCUACCACUGUUCCUACUGCAUGUUCACCUCGACCGAUGAGCUGACCACGCUGCGCCAUAUGGUGGACCACUACAGCCGCUUUCUGGUUUGCCAUUUCUGCACACGCUCCCAGCCAGGUGGCUUUGAUGAGUACAUCCAGCACUGCUAUACUUACCACCGGGACGAUGUGAAAUGCUUCCGGGAAGUGCACACGUUUGACGACCUCAAGAAGUUCCUUAUGCAGGUGCAUUAUCAAUUCCAAAACGGGUUGAUUAUCACAAAAAGCAGCCUCCGCUAUACACGUUACAAUACCGACAACAUGAUGCGUAAGCUGGACGAUGAGCUAAUGGCCAAGGCCCAGCGGCCACCAAUUCCCCGUCUGCAUAUCAGACUGAAGUCGACUGGCGUCCAGAUGCAGAGCCAUCCGGAGGCUCGAGUGCAGGAACCUAUGUUGGUGCGGAUCGCAACGCGACGGAAAACGCUUAAUCCUGGCGAACUUCUUCGCCUAUCCCGUCAGGAUAAUGAUGUGCAGCCCCAGUCGUUGGCCACAGUGGUCAAAAAUGACGCGCCCUCCACUUCGUCCGUGACGGCUAGUUUUGCUACGGCAGGGACUCUGAUCAGCCUGCUGAAGCGCCGCAACAGUCUCGUUGUCCGGCCGGCAACCAGCAACUUGGAUCAACACUAACACCACACCAUUAUUAUUAUUUUUAUUAUUCCUAUUAUGUCAUCUAUUGAUCCCCAUCAUGCAUAUUUCGUACUAGUUUCAAACUAAGCAUUGGAAACAUUUUUUUUACACUUAAUUAAGAGAUGAUGUUUACUACAUUUGUAAGAGGAUACAAAUAAGGUCAUUUGAGACUAACUGAUAUUGGCUUCAAUUAGUGAAACUAUUGUGUUAAUUGAACAAACCCUCAAUUCAACUGGGGUCCCCUUCAAUAAGUCGUAUAACGUAGCAGGGAGUAAAUACGGACAUUGAAUAAAUCUGAUGCCAACGCCUUCUCAAAGUAAACAGAGAUUG